AUACUAUUCCAAAUAACGCGUCCGGCUACGGUUAACACGCCAUCUUGUUGUCUUCACCCAGGCGCUCACGUUGACGGUGCCCGGAAGUGUUUAUUUGUUGGGCAGAAACGUUUCAGGUAGUCUGAACCAGUGGGAGUUUAACAUUUAGUUGAGAGUGUUCGGGUUCUGUUUGGGAACACUACCACGGGUGACCGACAGUAGUGCGUCACCGACCUGAGGUGGAAAUUUGAAACCAUGCAUGCUAAUUUAGGCUAAGUGUGUAGCUAAGUGGACUACAACCUGUCCACCCCUCUUGAACACACGCAGACCGCUUCAGUCUGAUGUUCGUGUCUCUGGUGUAAGGAUAUUGUGUUGGUCCCCGUGACGUAGGUCGGUCACCGCGAGCUGACGUUUGCUUUGAUCUGAUAACACAUGACCGGGGGCUCUCCGUUGACCUUGUGUCGGAACCGAACCCAGACCGAACCGGGACCGACUGUCCUCGUUGGUGUUGAGGACUUCCUAUGGGAGGCCAGCAGCAGGCUUGUCCCGCCUAACCUCAGAGCUGCGACUCACCACUGAGUGACCAGGAUGCUGGAGGGCCUUGUAGCCUGGGUGUUAAACACAUACCUGGGCAAAUAUGUCAGCAACCUGAACACGGAUCAGCUCUCCAUUGCACUUCUGAAAGGUGCAGUAGAGCUGGAGAACCUCCCACUGAGGAAAGAUGCCCUCCAGGAGUUGGAUCUGCCUUUUGAAGUCAAAGCAGGAUUUAUUGGCAAGAUCCGUCUCCAGAUUCCGUUUUACCGACCUCACAGUGAGCCGUGGGUCAUCUCCAUGUCCCAACUCAACCUGAUCAUUGGCCUUGCCCAGCUGCAGGAGUAUGAUGCUGAGGAGGAGAGACGGAAUGAAAUGGAGCGCAAAAAACAUCUCCUCACAAUUCUUGAAGAGAAAUUCAAGAGGGAGUGUGAACAAAGAGGAGAGUCUUACUGGUAUUCUGUCACAGCAUCACUUGUCACCAGGAUCGUAGAGAAUAUUGAGCUGAAGAUCCAAGAUGUGCAUCUUCGAUUUGAGGAUGACAUUUCUAAUUCAGAGAAGCCAUUUUCUUUUGGAGUUUGCAUCGACAAUGUAUCUGCUCAGAAUCCCUCCAAAGAGUCUAUGGUGAAGCUCCUGCGACAAAAGCAGUUGGAGAUUCAAAACUUUAGCGUCUACUGGGAUACUGAAUGUGAGAUGCUGGGAAAGCUGCCUGCAAGUCAGAUUCAGGAUGCAAUGAUGCAGUGUAUGCAGAGUCGUGAGCAUCAGUACAUCUUUGAACCGGUGUGUGCCUCUGUGCUGCUUAAAAGAAACACUUCCAAGGAGCCUCUGAGGUCCCGACAAACCCCCCGGAUUGAAGGCCAGGUCCAGCUGGAGCCGGUGGCUUUACGCCUGUCCCAGGUCCAGUACCAGCAGAUGAUGUCGUUCCUAAAAGAACUGGAUCGGAGGGAGAGAGGGAUGUUGUACAGGAAGUGGAGACCUAAAGUGUCCAUCUCUGGCAACUGUAGGAUGUGGUGGAGUUUUGCAAUUCAGGCCAACCUGAAUGACAUCAGGGAGCAGCGGCGGCGAGGGAGCUGGAGUUUUGCUUUGCAGAGGGCUCAAGAUGCUCAGACCUACACCAGGAUCUACUUCAAAAGGUUGAAAGGAGUUCCUCUGAGUCCUCAGGAGAAGAGCCAGUUGGAACGAGUUGAAGAGGAGCAGACGUUAGAAGAACUGCACGGCCUCAGAGACGUUGUCUAUGACUGGAUUCAAAAGCAGGAACAACUCCCAGAGAACACCAGAGAGCCUAGCAGCGAGCUCCAACCUGUUCCAACCAGCACAUCCAUUCCUAAAAGUGGGAGCUCAAGGAUGAUUCAGUACCUCCAGUCUUGGUUUCCUGGUUGGGGGGGCUGGUAUGGAGAUUCUGAGGAUCCAGACAGACCUGAAGAACUGCUGCCAAGUCCAUCAUCAUGGGAUAUCCUCGCAGAGACAGAAGACUUGUUUGACCCUAUGGAAGACUCUCACACUCUGAGCACAUUCACCAGACGAGAUCACAUGUUUGCACGCUUGGAGUUCUUUCUGCACAAGGGUGAAGUCACUCUCCGUCAUCAGGGCAAGACGGCGCAUACACUACACGAGAGUGCACUCAUCCAGCUGGAGUUCUCAGGGGUAAAGAUAAUACUGGAGUCUCUUCCUCGCUCUGAUUCCUCCCUUCUGUCGGUGAAGUUGGGUGGUUUGUUCCUGAAAGACUUGACUACUCAGGGCACCAUCUUCCCAUUCCUUGUGUCACCCAAAGGGGAUGAUGUUGACUGUCUUUUUAACCCUUCUCUGAGCCAGUUCAGCUCUACCUCUGGAGCUGGUGCUGCAUGCACAUCCCCGGUGUUUGAGAUGAUAUACGAGCGGAACCCUGUGAGGUCCAAAUUUGAGCGGAGGCUCGAGGUCAGCACCAGCCCACUGAACAUCAUCUACAACCCACAGGCCAUGAAAAAGGUCACAGAGUUCUUCUAUAAAGGAAGAAUUCACACCUCAGGGUUUGGCUAUCAGUCAGAACUGGAGCUGAGAGUGGCAGAGGCAGCCAGGAGGCAGUACAACAAGCUGAAGAUGCAGACCAAGGCAGAGAUUCGACAAACAAUUGACCAGCUACUUGUGGGAGAGUUCAUUGAAAAUGGGAAGCGCUGGACAAUGAAACUGGACAUCUGUGCACCCCAAGUGUUUUUCCCAGAUGACUUUCAGUCCGAGAACCCAAUGCUGGUUGUGGUGGAUUUAGGCAGAAUUUUUCUGACCAACUCUGAAGAUGGCAGUACUGUCAACUCAAAAGUUACUCAGAAUGACAAGGAAGACUUUAGUGAUGACGAGUACCAGACCCCUCCUGCUACACCACCUGAGUCUCCUGUUCCCGAGCUCAACACGCCUUUAAAAGCACAACCUAAAAGCCCCGAACUUCCUAGCCUUGCAUCCAAGGAAGGAGCGCAAGUUUACAGCAAACUGCUUUAUGAAAAAUACUCCUUGUCCUUCAAAGACCUGCAGAUAAUGGUGGGUCACUGUAAUGACAAUUGGAAGCAUCUUCAGGAAAGUAGUGUCGGCCCUACACAUGUUGUAGAAAAGUUUAAUGUGCUGCUGCAGCUUGAGCAGAGACUGCGAUAUACAUCAGACCCCCAGCUACCCGGGGCAGUGCUUUCAGGAACUUUGCCUGAUCUCAAGGUCCACAUUAACCUUGAGAAGAUGAUUGCUCUUAAGAGUUGUCUUUCGAGGCUGAGCGGUCCAGCUUUGAGUGGAGGGGAAAUCAUUACGAUGUCCCCUGAACCUCUUACCGUUCAUAAUGACAAGAUUUCUCAAAAGGUUGACAGUUCUUGGAAGCUGCAGGGCUCCGCCAAGAAUCUGACCCAGAGUGUGAUGCUGUUGGAACAGCACACUCGGGAGGUUCUGGUGGAAUCCCGUCUUCUGCUGGCAGAAUUUAACAUCAACUACAUGCAGCUUGGUGUAGAAAGUGACGGUCGCUACAUUUCUGUUCUCAAAGUAUUCGGCACAAAUGCUCAUUUUGUCAAACGGCCCUAUGACACCGAAGUUUCUCUGACUGUUCAUGGCCUUCUGCUAGUCGACACCUUACAGACUUACGGUUCAGACUACGACUUGCUUGUUGCUUCUCAUAAGCAUCUGAGUUUUGACAUACCUACUGGUAGCCUCAGGGAAAGCCAGCCAUCUUCUCCUAUCCUGUGUGAUGGCAAGUCCCCUGAGUAUCAGCUCAACCAAACGGAGUUCUCCUCCAGCUGUCCCAUCAGAGGUAUGUCCCCAGUCAUGCCCAUUCUCAAAGACCAGGAAGCCCUCAUUAAGCUUGAGUAUCAGUUUGUGAGCUCAGACUCCCCAUGCAUGAACCUGGAAACCUCCCUCCAGGUAACAAGCAUGCAGGUCCACAACUUGGAUAUAAUCCUUAACCCUGAGACGAUGCUGGAGCUACUGAAGUUCCUACAGAAGUCUUUUCCCAAAGAAGAAAGCUCUUUGACAGCAUCAGCUCAGCAGGGUGCAGCUCAGCCUUACAGUGAGGAAGAGGAAAAGCUGUAUCAGACAACCUAUUGCCAGACCAAAGAACUAACAGUCGAAAUCCACCGUCUAAACCUGCUUCUCCUACGGUCCAUUACUGCUAGUACUGCCUUGGUCCCUGAGAAAAGGGUAUUAAAGAUUGCCACAGCUAGUAUUACUGGCACCAAAGUCAACGUUUCUCACGGAUGUUGUUUGGACAUCAGGGGUUCGCUUGGAUCCAUGCAGCUGGUUGAUUUGACCCCAGAAGGAGGCCAAAGCCAGUUUGUUGUGAGCAUUGGGAGUGUUGAUGAAAACACCUCGGAGCUUGAUGGAUUAGCAUAUUUCUCUGAUAAAAGAAGUACUUCUGCAGAUGCUUUGAACUUUGAACUGAUGGAGAAAUCUCAAGGAGAGUGCUUCGUGAAACUUGACAUGGCAUCCUUACACUACAGUCACUCAGCCAAGUUCCUGUGGGAGCUUAGCCUAUCAGCCAGUGAGUUAGAAGACAGUUUCCACUCCAUGUUAAAAAAUGCUGCCACCAGAGUGUCGACUGUCCUUGCCACCAAAACAGCCGAGUACAGCAAUAUGGUUUCGCUCUUUGAAACGCCUUUACGCAGAGUUCGAACAGCGAGUCAGAGUUUUGCAGAUUCAUUUGAGGAUGAACAGGUUAAUGUUGAGGAACCAGAGACCCAUUCAGACUCGUUUCUGGUCAAACUGACCCUUAAUAUCAACAUUGAAUCACCAGUUGUGUCUAUUCCCCGUAAACCCGGACAUCCGGAGCUUUUGGUAGGCCAUCUGGGAAGCAUAAAAAUACAAAAUUUUAUGAAUGGCCAUGGCUCUAAGGAACAGAGGCUGGAAGUGUUGGUGAAGGACAUACGGCUGUAUUCACUUAACAUGCACAAUAUUGUGCUGAGGAGGGCACCCAAAGCAAACCCCCCUGACAGACUGUCUGGACCCCACGGUGAAGUCACGCGUCCAGAUAAAUCACAGUUCACACGCCAUGACUUCUUUGAAUCUCUCAGUCGGGGAAAAGCCUUUCAUAUUCUAAAGGACACCACUGUUCAGUUCAACGUGGAGAAACAUCCCAUUAAAGAAGAUCCACCGUUGAUCUUGACAACCCCGUUUCACAACCAGAUCUGCAGAAGCUCAGAGCAACUGAGGAUUGAGGGGAAGUUCGUCAAUCCUGUCCAGGUGUGUCUCUGCAAGACUGUGUAUGAGCAAGUUCUCCAAACGCUGGACAACCUUUUUCUCAGUGAGGAGCAACAAGCCACGUCCAGCCAUCCGCCUACUCCUCCCCCACCCACCCCUUCGUCUGCCAGACCCCAUACUUUUCCAGAUCUCCAGGGAGGACUGUUUGCUAGGAACCUUCCCACCGUGAACUUCCCCCACUUGUCUCUGUCAUCUCCUUUGUCUCUACAGCCACACACUUCUCCGUCCUUCACUCAGCUGAGGGUCACCUUAAAUGUGGCAGAGCUGCAGGUCAUGCUCAGUGCAGACCUCUCCCAGGGCUCUCAGGGGUUGGUCAGUGUAUGUUUUCAAGACCUUGAGGGAGAAUUCAUCAAAACCCACCCACAUUUACUGGAAGUGCAGCUGGCUUUGCGUUCUCUACUGAUGGAAGACCUCCUGGAACACAACCCAGAUUCUAAAUACAAAUACUUGAUUUUAUCUCAUGGAGCUCCUAAGCCCCCCACCUUCAGUCCAAAGGAAUACCUUUCCCAAAGCUGUCCAUCAACAUCUAAUGCUUUAUACCCAGACAUGCCCCGUUCACUGCCUGCCCACAUGGAGGAAGCACAGAACGUCUUCCAACUCUACCAGAGACAUCCCAGCACACCUACGUCAAGCAGCCGCAACUCCAAACGCGACCCAGACUGUCCCAUCACUCCACCUCCUUCUCCUACUCAUUACAGAGCUUCUCCCCAGCCCCUCUCAGAGUUUGAUGACUCAUUAGUUCAUAUGAAUCUUCUACUGGUGGACCCUAAUCACCCUGAGUUUAAAACACGCUAUUGGAGUGUGGGGCGAAGUGUGGACAUAGACUUUAACUGCCUGGAUGUUUUGAUUACACUCCAGACCUGGGUGGUGAUUUUGGAUUUUUUUGGGAUUGGCUCUACAGCCAGCAAUCAUGCUGUAAAGGUGCCAGUCUCACCCUGGCCUGGACCAGUACACCCAUCUUCUGAGCCAGACGCCAGUAGGGAAGAGCCAGUUCAGUCAGUCAACACCAAGGUGGAUUUGAAGGUUCACUCUUUGAAUCUGGUGCUCAACAAGAAGCUCAAUGAGCUUGCCAGAGCCAGCGUGUCCAAAUUGUCUACUCAACUGGAAGUCCUAGAUGGUGACCUAACAAUCCAUGGCAGCUUGGGAAGUCUGUCUCUGAGUGAUCUGACACCACAUGGCGACCUGUACAGGGAGCGCUUCGUCACACAGGGAGGAAAAGCUCUUGUUUUCAACAUUCUGAGGUAUGGCUGCCCUGAUGUGAACCUGAAACGAGACUGUGACAUCAAGGUGUGUCUGCAGAUGGCCUCAGUUCAGUAUGUGCACACCCAGCGCUUCCAGGCCGAGGUGGUAGCCUUUAUUCAGCACUUCACCCAGCUGCAGGAUGUGCUGGGCAGGCAGAGGGCUGCAGUAGAGGGUCAGGCUGUCCGGGAUCUGCCCCAGCGGGCCUCCAGGAUUCUUUUGGAUAUUGAGGCUGGUGCCCCUGUUAUUGUGAUACCCGAGAGCUCACGAUCAACCAAGGUGAUUGUGGCCAACCUGGGUCAACUUAGACUCCAGAACUGCUUCCUGUCAGCUGGGGCUCCAAGCACCUUCCACAAGGAGGGUGUCAGCAGUGAUGAGCAGGAGAACCCCCGCUGCUCAUCUUCAGAUACACCGUUCAACCUGGGCAGUGCGCCUGAGCCACUGGGACUCCUCAGCACAGAGGGCCAUGUGUGCUUGUUGGACGUCAUGGCUCUAGACCUUCAGGAGAUGGAUAUAUUUGCUGCAGAGCGCCUGUUUUCUCCUGAUGGAACUGGUAAACCUGAGCCCUCUGACCUCAUCUUUCCUUCCUUCUCUAUCCGUCGAACUGGAGACAACCUGCUGAGAGACUGCUGCCGCCUCAAGUUUAAAGUGGAGCGCAACUUAGACAAGGAGCUGAGCCAUGCAGUCCCUGACCUCUCCAUCCACGUCAGCCUGUCGUCGGUGCACUGCUCUCUGGACAGGGAGCACUACCGGCUCAUCAGAGGCCUGCUGGAGAAGAACCUGGGAGAGCCUAUUGAGGAGUUCUUACGACCCUACAACCUGCUGGACCCCAGCAUCUAUACGGUGUUAAGUGGCGACGUCUUCAUCAACCUUUCUUUCUUGGUAGACAUGACGGAUGUCAGCCUGGAGCUUCUGGACCGUCCAGCAGACACGGAGGACAGGCACUCAUUAGCAAAGUUUGAUUUUAUGAAAUCCAAAGUUCUCUAUGAGAGCUUCUCUGAUGGCUCGAAGUCGGUCAACUUGGUGUCCCACUCCCUGCUGGCACAUGACACCCGCUACACACGGCCAAGGAAGGGGGCUGAAGCAACACCGCGGAACGUUUUCGACUGCAUCUUGCAGCCGUCCAAAGCGGGCAGUAACGAUGCAUCCCUGCAACUCGAACUGCAUUACAGAUCCACGCGGGAUGCAUCUUGCUUUACAAUGGUCCUCAACAACCUCAGGGUCUUUGUCAUCUUUGACUGGCUGCAGCGUUUGCAGGACUUCCUGCAGGUGCACGUUGGUAAGGCGUCUGACAGCACUGAGACUCAUCUGCUCCGGUCCAGUUCUGCACGUAGCAGUGGGGCUGUCAUACCCAAGACCGUGAAGAGUGGAGUGGUAACUAAAAGGUCUACAGUACCAGUCAGCCAGGACCGCUGUCUGGAGCUGAAAGUCAAUGUGACGGGAACAGAGUUUGUGGUGGUGGAGGACAUGUCCUGCGUGGACACUAAUGCAAUCAUUCUGAAAGGAACCACUGUCCUCACAUACAAGCCCCGCCUGCUAGACCGGCCCUUCUCCGGCAGUCUGGCAGGAGUCGAGGUGUUUUCUUGUCGGCUGGGUAGGGAGCAGGAGACUGCCCUGUCCAUUAUUGACCCCAUUAACAUCCAGGUAGAACUGUGUGGCAACCCUGUGUACCGCAGCACUUCUGGCCUCUUGGAUGCAUUUAAUGUGGAGGACAUCCCACCACUCCUGGAGAUUCAGUUUCCUGUCCUGGACAUCCGUCUCUCCUACAAUGAUAUUCAGCUUUUUCUUACCAUUGCUAAGUCGAUUCCUUCUGCCAAAGCCCUUCCUGCCCCGGUCUCAGUCGAAGUCACACCUGGCACCAGCAAGCAGGAAACUCACCACCUCAAAGAAACCCAACUGAACCACUUACAGGACCUAGGCUUCAAAAAGGAAGACUGCAGAAGAGCUCUUUCCCUUUGUAAAGGUCAUCUGGACCAGGCUGCCACAUGGCUACUGGAGAAUGCAGAGAAUGUGUCCAGAUGUUCCAGCACCAGGGUGGACUCCAGCACCAGCAGCCACACUGCUCCGUUGUCCGGGGUGGAGCUGAGGGCCGACAGCAUCUGCAUAUGUUUGAUAGACGACUGCCUUGACUGUGACGUCCCUCUAGCUGAACUCACUUUCUCCAGGCUUAAUGUGCUGCAGCGCAUUGGUUCCACCCGGGAAGGUAACGCUAGCUGCACUUUGUCAGGAGACUACUACAACAGAGAGCUGUCAGGCUGGGAGCCUUUCAUUGAGCCCUGGCCCUGCUGCCUGUCCUGGCAGCAGCAGACUGGUGGUCACCUCCAGCCUCCACGGUUCAAGAUGGAGGUUCAGGCCAAACAGAGACUGGACAUCAACAUCACCUCUGCGCUGCUUGAACAAUACACCACCACCAAGAGAUCCUGGAUGGCUGACUAUUGGGUGGAGGACAGGCAGGAGCUGAAGACAUCCCCCACUCUGCCAUGGAUAGGCUCCUCAGUGGACCCUCCUAGCUUUGGUCAGACAGACAUGAAGCUGUCCAAGAGGAGGCAGCCAUUUGUGCCUUACACUCUGCGUAACCACACAGGAUGCACCAUGCGCUUCGCCACUCUGACUACAACUCCCACUAGGGUGGCGCUGUCUCACAGCAACAGUGCAGACUCCAUCUCUGACAUCCACAGUUCAGGAAAUGACGACUCCCACAAGGUCAGCUUGUGGAGAGAAGUGCUACCAGGAGAGGAAUUUUCCUUUGAGUUUGAGGCGCGAGAGAAGCUUCGCCACAGACACACACACGAGCUGAAACUUCACCAGCUAUUAGUCCAAGUGUGUGGAUGGGAGCAGGUCAAGCCGGUGUCGGUGGACAAAGUGGGCGUUUUCUUCAGAUAUGCCACUCCAGACAGAAACUAUUCCUCUAACACUGUUGGCAGCCCAGUCAGCAAGACCAACAUAAUCCACCCUCAUGUUUAUUUCUCAGCCCUGCCCCCUGUCAGAGUGGUCUUUGCCAUCACUAUGGAAGGUAGUGCCAGGAAGGUCAUCACAGUGCGCUCUGCCCUCAUGGUGAAGAACAAGUUGGAUGUUCUGAUGGAGGUUCGGCUCGACAGCCCUUCUGCACCUGACAAACCAGUGGUGUUACCCCCAAUCCCACCUAGCCAGGCUUUGGCCAUUCCUCUCCAUCUGACAUCCUGGAGACUGCAGGCCCGGCCCAAAGACAUGGGCAUGUUCUUCUGUAAGGUUCCCAUUCACUGGACCAGUGUGGAUCGGCCUGGAGAGAUUAGCAGCAGUAAGAGGGAGUGCCAGUUGGCUGACUUUGAUGACAGCCUCAAACGUAACUUCAGGUUUUGUGUGGUCAUCAAGAAGGAGAACUACCCAGACCAGCAGCCCGCUAAGAGGCAGGUUUCUGGAAGUGUGCAUCAUAUCUAUCAGCAGCCGGGUCACACCGUUUACCUGAUGCCUACCAUGGUUCUUGUAAACGUGCUACCGUGUGAUCUUAACUUCUACAUUAAAGGAACUGCUAUCAAAGGCUUGCUGAAGCCAGGGAAAGAGGCAGUGCUUCACUCUGCUGAUACCUCACAGAACAUGGAGCUUGGAGUGUUGCUGGAGAGUUUCCCCGUGUGCAAAGAGCUGCUGAUUCCUCCCGGCACUCAGAAUUAUGUGGUGCGCAUGAGGCUGUAUGACACCAGCAAACGCCUCCUGUGUUUAACUAUCCGCAUCGUCCUGCGAGCUCAAGGAGCACUGAAGAUCCUCGUUUCUGCCCCCUACUGGCUCGUCAACAAGACUGGGUUGCCGGUCAUUUUCCGUCAGGACAAUGGCAAGGCUGAUGCAGCGGGGCAAUUUGAGGAGCAUGAGUUGGCUCGAAGUCUCAGUCCGUUACUCUUCUCGUACACGGACAAGGAGCAGCCUUCUAUGUGCACAAUGCGUGUGGGUAAAGGUAUCCACCCAGAUGGGGUUCCAGGCUGGUGUCAAGGGUUCUCCUUGGAUGGAGGAAGUGGAGUUAGAGCAGUGAAAGUGAUCCAGCAGGGAAACCGGCCGGGCCUCAUCUACAAUAUAGGCAUCAGCGUGCGUAAAGGAAAGGGGAACUACAGAGACACUCACAUUGUGACCUUUGCCCCUCGAUACCUCCUGGACAACCGCUCCACGCACAAACUGGCUUUUGCUCAGAGGGAGUUUGCAAGAGGAAAGGGCACAUUCAACCCUGAGGGCUACAUCUGCACUUUGCCCGGCUCGAGCGUUGUCUUUCACUGGCCUAGAAAUGACUACGACCAGCUGCUGUGUGUGCGCCUCAUGGACAUGACCAACUGUACGUGGUCAGGAGGGUUUGAGAUCAAUAAACCCAAGUCCUUCCACGUCAACAUGAGAGACAUGCGGGGCAGCUGUUUUUACCUGCGGACAGAGAUCACCCUGAAAGGGGCUACCUACCAGAUCUCGUUUACCGACACUGAGCACAUGCCUCCACCACUUCGUGUCGACAACUUGUCUGAGGUUCCUGUGCAGUUCUGGCAGCAUGGUGUGGCCGAUCUCAGGCUGCACACUGAAGUGAAGCCUCUGUCUGUGCUGGACUAUGCCUGUGAUGAGCCUACACUGCCCCCCUACCUCACGCUUACAGUAAAAGGAGCAGGAUCUUCUGAGGUCACAGCUGACAUGAACUUCUUCAGAGAAUACAACAAGCUCUACUAUGAGAACUUCAUCUACAUUGCAGCGACCCAUACCUUCUCACAAAAGCUGGAGAGAAAACGUCGCCUGAUCAGCCAUACGGAGCUGGUACUUGAUGUGGACCCCAAAACCCAGAGAGUCAUCCUCCAGAAAAAGGAGCCAGGGAAGCGAUCCCAGUUGUGGAGAAUGACUGGGACCGGGAUGCUCUGCCAUGAAGGCUCAUCUCCACCCCAGAGCAAGCCGUCCCAGCCACGGCCUCUUGACUCCUCUCUGGUUCUGGACAUAGCUGGGCUAGCAGCUGUCAGUGACAACAAUUAUGAGCCACUGAUGCUACGGAGGCCAGACUCUCGACGCAGCACUACCCAGACAUGGUACUUCACUUCAGGCAUGCUAACCUGUGGUCUUCCUCGGCUGGUGGUGCAGGUGAAAGGGGGUGUCACAGGCCUGAGUGAUGGAGCAGAGGUGGUGCUAGGACCAGAUUCAGGUCUGUUAGAACCUGGUCCUGAACAGCAGUUCAUCAACCAGAAGAUGAGACCUGGAUCGGGGGUGCUGUCAGUCCAAGUUCUGCCAGACGGGCCCACACGUGUCCUUCAGAUCAGUGACUUCAAUCAGAGGAGGGUGGUCCGUAGCUCCACCUCUCCAGAACAGGACAAAUGCAGAGAGGAUGUGCAGAAGAAAGAGCUUGAGGUGCUUGUGAACUUGGAUGAGGGUCUGGGUGUAUCUUUGGUCAACAAGGUUCCUGAGGAACUUAUUUUCACCACACUGUCUGGUGUGAACGUCCACUUCACUCACACUGCUUCCAGUGAGGUUCUGGAGCUGAACAUCCAGAACAUCCAGGUGGACAACCAGCUGCUGGGCACCACCCAGCCUGUGAUCCUGUGGAUGACUCCAUCUUCUGGUGACAGCGGAACCAACAACAGCAGCCCGGCACUGCAGGUCAACUCCGUCAAGGUUCCCAGCAGCCUUAUGCUCACAACACUCUUCAAGCAUCUCAUGGUGACCGCCCGCCACUUUACCGUCAUCAUCGAGGAGAAGCUGUUGCUCAAGCUACUCAGCUUCUUUGGUUAUGGAGAGGCAGAGGCAGAGCUGGAGAAACUGGAUGAAAACCUGCAUGAGAGACCCAAUGAGGAAGCAGGACCUCCUCAACGCUACUACUUUGAGAAUUUGAAGAUCAGUUUUCCUCAGAUCAAACUCAGUGUCUUCACUUCACACAAGCUGCCUGCAGACCUCAAGGCUCUGAAAGGCACUUUGGGCUUCCCUCUGGUUCGUUUUGAAGAUGCCAUCAUCAACAUGUAUCCAUUCACCAGAGUGCACCCCUAUGAGACUCAGGAAAUCAUCAUCAACGACAUCCUCAAACACUUCAGAGAGGAACUGAUGAGCCAAGCAGCUCAGAUCCUUGGCUCGGUGGACUUCCUGGGGAACCCAAUGGGCUUACUGAAUGAUGUCACAGAGGGUGUAUCUGAGCUCAUCAAGUAUGGCAAUGUGGGUGGUCUCAUUCGCAAUGUGACUCAUGGUGUAUCCAACUCAGCUGCUAAGUUUGCAGGCACGUUGUCAGAUGGACUUGGGAAGACCAUGGACAACCGGCACCAGAAUGAGCGGGAGUACAUUAGAUACCACGGCGCCACCAGUGGAGAGCAUCUGGUGGCAGGGAUUCAUGGACUAGCUCAUGGAAUUAUCGGCGGUAUGACGAGUAUCAUCACGUCCACGGUGGAGGGUGUGAAAACAGAGGGGGGGGUCGGUGGCUUUUUUUCAGGUCUGGGUAAGGGUCUGGUUGGAACUGUGACCAAACCUGUUGCUGGAGCUCUGGACUUUGCCUCAGAGACGGCCCAGACAGUUCGGGAUAUGGCCAGUCUGAGUAACCACAGAUUCAGUGUGCAGCGUGUUAGGAAGCCCCGCUGCUGUAGGGGACCUCAGGGCCUUCUUGCUCGCUUCUCAGCGGGUCAAGCGGAGGGCCAAGAACAGCUCUUCUGCCUCACUGAUAACAUCCAGUCUGAAUUUUUUAUUGCUGUGGAACCGAUGGACAGCUACAACGUCCUGAUCUCCUCUAAGGUGGUUUACUUCCUGAAGCCGGGGGACUAUGUUGACAGAGAAGGCAUCUUCCUGGAGGUCAAAUAUGAUGACCUCUACCACUGUCUAGUCUCUAAAGACCAUGGGAAAGUCUAUGUGCAGCUUACCAAGAAGGCAGAGAACACCAAUAGUGGGGUUGCUAUUCCUGGCCCCUCCCACCAAAAACCCAUGGUCCAUGUAAAGAGUGAAAGCCUUGCUGUCAAGAUCUCUCAAGAAAUCAACUAUGCCAAGAGUUUGUAUUAUGAGCAGCAGCUGAUGCUCCCGGCUGAGGAGAACGAGGACUGCUUGCUGCUCGAAACUUGAUCGGGUCUUAACCCCAGAGAGGUUCUGACCCACCUUAAGCUAGUCCAAACCAGCUGUUCUUCGUUUUUAAAUACAUGUAAAUACAUCUGUAAAACAAGAAUUGUGUAAAUAUUGUAAUGAGGACUAUAUAUUAAAACUGUGAAAAACCAAA